AUGUCGGCCUGUGACUACAUAUCGACGGUACCGGAAUCACCUUGCGUUUCGAAACGCACCCCACGGACCCUUCACCCUUCAGAAAGUUAUCCAGUGGAUCCCCGCAGUGAUCGCUCCGUUCGUGAUCCUCGAAUCUUCUCGCCUUCCACUUCGACCUUGCGAGGCACGAGCGCUUCGCAACAGUUCUCAAAUCACAUUCCUUCUGAUGACAAAGCUCCUUUGAGACCAACGCGCAACGUCCAACCUCAACAUACGUCGGAGGACGCGAUUGCCAGCAUGGACCACCGGCCAAAGCAAGCCAAAGUAACGCUACCGCCUCUUUCAGCGCUCACCACCUCGAUCGACUUUGAACGGAAUCGCGCGCAUUCAUUGAUUCAUGAUCGCGGUCACAACCUCUCGCCGAUCUUUGCUUCGCGCGACAUGGUUGACAGAGACGUCGGGCGAAGGAGCUCUGUCAACGACACCCGAGAGGCUCCCGCGCACAAUGAUGGCUCUCGGUCAACAGAUCGCAGCAUACCGCGAGAGCCUCAUCGUGCCUCUGCCGCCGGAUCUCUUUCGCUCCCGUCUUCAUUCAUGGCGUCCACUUCUCAUCAAAAUCCCACAGACGAUCCGCCAACACCGAGGCUAGCAGAGGCCUCGGUGCGUGUCAUCACCGAAGCAACAAGACCUCGCUCUCACUCGUCGCCACAUAAAAAUCGGAUGCAGAAUCUGUCCAGGAGGUCAUCUCUUGCCGAUGCCUCUCAAGUCGACCGACUGCUUGACAGCCUUCUCUACGUUCAAGACAUCAAUCGCCGCCUCGGACUCGACGUUUCAAAUCCUGCAUCGCCAUCCAUCUUUCGGAAUGCAGAUGCCGCCGAGCGACUGCGCAACAAGCUUCUCGAUGAGCUCGACAGCAUGUCGCUCUUCUCUCGGUCUCGCGCAGAAUCCGUCGCAAGCUAUGUCGGUGUCGCAGGGUACAUGGCACCCUACCGGGAAGCGUCAACACGAAACGCGGUCCAAGAAUCGCCCAUCAGGACCAUAGCGCCGCUUGCCGCGGUCGCCGCAGCUGGUCAAGCUGGCUACGCAGCGUGGCCCCCAGCUGAUUCUCUUGAAAGGACGCAUUCGUCCAUCGAUCGGCUCACUCUGGACGACCAAGUGCCUCGCGUAUCUGACCAUCACUCUCGGCCAAGCGCAUACGGGUCGGAACGUGUGGGUGCCCCAAGCGGCCCACAGGCGAUGAGUCGCAACGGCUUUGCGCCACAGCCAACCCACUCCGAUCGCUCGCACCGCCCAAUUUCGAGAGCUAUUUCUUUUGAGCAGCUGCGCGCCCUCCCGGACCAGCAGCACCACGCACAUCUCCACGAGCGCGCACCUGCCGGAUCUUCUCGCUACGGGGAUGCACCUCUUUUUGCUCACGAACAUACGUCGCAUCAUCCCUACAGCCAGGUAGGGCCACGAGCACCGCCCAUGCACUUUGCGGAUGCUCAACAUCAGCACCAGAUGGAUAUCUUCGAUCGCAGACGUCUGGCUAGCAAAGGCAUGAAAAGAGUCCGAAAGCGCAAGAACGAGCACCACCAAGAAUGCUUGGGAUGCCAGGCAAAGGAAACGCCAGAAUGGAGAAAGGGGCCCAUGGGUCCUCGAACGCUCUGCAACGCUUGCGGUUUGCUCUAUGCCAAACUCACCAAGCGCAAGCAGCAGGAAGCUGAAGCUGCUGCUAGAGCCAGCGGCAAAACCGCUCAAGAGAUUGUUAGGGAACGAGAGGAGUCUCCUGGAGCCAAGCAGGCGAGCCUGGAAGCUCUUCGAGCCGAGCUCAAUUUGGCCAACGGCCUGCGCAACCGCCCCAGCUCGGCAUCCGCAUCGACCGGCGAUACCUUGUUGCACAAUGAGUCUCCAUCGGCCGCAGCCUAUCAUGCUGGCAGGGUGUAUGACGGCAGGCAUCCCGAUGGACCAUCAAACCAGCCCUGGCCCUCUCGACGUGCGGAAGACUUCGAAAUGCUUGCUCAUCCGACUCACGGUCACCGCUCUACCAUCACCAGUCCAGGCCGGUCCAAUUCCCUCGGUCAUGUUCACAACCUCGAGCAAUCCACGGCAAAGCAGUUCGAACGCAUUUCUGAGUCAUCUGCCGGGUAUGCGCUCCCCACGCCCCCACGACCGAUUUCAAGAGAGGAUAACUCGGCGUCGCGUUCAUUGGCGCAGCAGCCGGGUCGCAGACGGUCCUCCACCCUGCAGUCAUCUCGAGCAGCUCCCUCCCGCUACAACCCUGCUUCUUAUCACGAUCGGCCCAUAUCACCGAGUACGCCCAGCUCUCAAUCUUAUGCCCAACACGGUUCAAGCGUGCAGCGAAGGCCUCAUCCUUAUAUGUAA